AUCGCCGACGUGCUUUCUGUUGCUAUACCUAGGCAUAUUCUCGACCAACUCCCGUGCGCUCCCCUACACUUGCGCGGGGCCCUAAGACAUCUCUUAUACUGGAUCGAGCCUGCGUUGCGAACUGGUUGCUGUUAGGACAUGCUCUGCGCUUGCAUUUAGCCAACUAUGGAUUCUGGAUCGUAUAAUAAUGUUCGUAGGGGCACGAUGCCUCUGCCCUCGGCAGGGUCCAAUACCUCUUAUAAGGCAAAUGUGAACCGCACAAAGACACGAAAAUGGGUCGAGGCCAAAGUACAGAACUAUGAUGGCGACGACUGGGGUAAUGAUUAUGAUGAUGACUACGACGAUGGGGAUGACCAACCUUACGAACCUGAGCCCAUGCCACCCAAGAUCACCAAGCCUACCGGUCUACGACAACCAGGCCAAACUGGCCUCCCAUCCACACGUACUUUUUCCCAACCAUCUACCACCCUGUGGUCAAGCGCCGAUUCUCGUGUGCCCGGCCCGUCCUCGCUUCGUAGUCCCAGCGGACCCCCCUCUCUGCAUGUGCAGACGCAACCAACCGCUACAGGAACACCACCGCCACCGCACGCUGUCGAGUCAGCCCAUCCGGCCACUACCUCUUCACAUACGAACGUACCGCCAGGUUCCUAUAGUGCAGGGCCGACGACAGUACCAUCCAGGUUUCCACCUCGAAAAAGUAGCAUGGGCCAACAAGACCGACCUGAUAUUGAUUCCAAGCAGGUAUCGAAACUUGAUACGAGGCCUGGGUCGAGUUCCAGUAACCGGAUUGUGAGGCCAGCCGACAUCUAUAAGAGAGUAGGCGAGGAGAAGGAGAAGGAGCGCGUAUCGAUGGAAUCGGGACGUCCGAGCUUGGAUAGCAUACAUAACCGGAGCGACGCUCAAUUUCGUGCGCCAGGGGAUCAACGUCGGCGGACCAGCCUCGAAAGUCACGACGGGUCAGACUCGGCUCGUACGCGGAAGCCAAGCUUGGCACCGGUUGCAGAGCGGAAAAGCGAAUAUGGGAUGGAUGGAUUUCUUGCGAAAGCCCAGGCCGAUCAGCCAUCCACAGCACACGAACCAGCUGUGUUAGGUCCUCAACUCGCUAUUUCACAGGGUGAGCCUAACGACGAACUGAAGGCUGAUCUUAUGAAGAGUCGGCGCUUUUCCACAAGCCCUCAACUCCCCACCCUCUCACGCAUGUCUGGUUUCGGUGACGAUUUUUUUUCGGGUCCCGGCAAUAACAGCGCUUGGGCUAGCCCAAGUCUUGUACCCUCCCCCGAUAAACAAUCACCUCUUUUAGAAGAACCUAAAACAAUGGCAGUACCGAACGACGAAGUUCAGCAAGACCAGCCCCUCACCACUAAAGGGAGCACUGAGCCUGACCCAGCUACUACGAUUCCCAACAAACAUGAAGUCAAGACGGAAGGAACCACGGAGGCAAACCAGCCACAGCUUGGCGGCAAUCGUCCCCAGCUCCCAGGUGGAUGGGUGUCGGAAAGUACAACCGUUCCAGUGUAUUCCGAAGGAGUCAUUCUAGCCAACCAGCAACAAGAAACCCAUGGUGGUGUCCAUAGUACCAACACAGCAACGAUGACGAAGAGUGACAGAGGGAUAGAUGAGGUCUCGCAGGUAACGACGACUCCGAGUUUAUCAGCUCCGGCCAAUGCCGUAGAAAACGUUUCAGAUACCACAUUGGCGAGCGUGCUUCGUGCUAAAGAAACGACUGGAGAUGCUGACCGACAUGACAAUGGCAUAAGUCUCGAAGAUCCAGCUACCAAACAACCUAACAUAGCAUCCCAAUCUCUCCCACCUUUAGAAACACAAAACUUGACCGACCAGUUAGAGUCGCAGUCAAGGCCAACUUCAACUGUAGCCUACAGCAGCGAGAGAGACAAUCCUCAAGUUCACCCCGCGUCAACCGAUCAGCCAACAGCUGGUCACCCUUCUGGUCCCGAGUUCUCACCGACUGCUCCUCUGAACCCCAACCGGUCACAAGCUGAUCAACCCGAUCUCCUCAUGGCGUCUCACCAGCGCCAAUCUACAAUCGAUACAGUCGAAACUGCAUCUUCUGAAAAGGAGAGCGAUAAGUUGCGAGAGGAAAUCAUGAAGUCGCUCAGCCCUACACCGAUUUCGCCCGGUUCGAAUGAUUUACCAACAAAAGGUAACUCAAAUACGGCACCUACUCCUGGUAAUUUAACGCGAGAGAGCACAUAUCUAUCCGGAGUGUACGAUGAUUAUCUCUCGCUAUCCGAAGAGAAAUCAUUACAAGAACUAAGCCAGGCACACAAGGCUUCCGCUCACAUGAUCUCGAAUGAACCUGCUACCGCUGCGAAUGUUUCCACUUCCCUACCCCACGAUAUACCCUUGUCACAACCAGCACCAUUAAGUCCCGUGAAAAGUCCUGCAUCGGAAAAUACCACCAGGUUAAGGCGAUUCUCGUGGCAGCAGGACCCCGAGGAGAUGGCCCUGAACCACGCCGAAUCCAAGCCAGCGGUGCCAGUAAUUUCACCUCACUUGUCAACUGCAGACCAAGUAGACGCGGCCGCUGAACCGGGUUUUAAUGCGAAUGGGGUCUCGCCAGUUGCUGACCCCUUGUCUCCCGAGAAUGGAACAGUAGGGACAAUAUCACACCAAGUUUCACAAGUCAGCAGUCUCACACCAGAUGCUUCUUUGGCUCCAAUCGAAUUGCCUUCACCUGUCUCUUUCGCGGCGACAAGGAGACCCAACCCUAUUUCUGAUGUUCCAAGUGCCGUGCGAUUGUCCCUCGCCGAAGAAAAGGAAAAAGUGCUCAUCGGAGAUGUUCAGUCAACGACUUCUGAAACAUCUGAGCACCCCGCUCUUCAACAAGCUCUAGAGCCGGCAGGUCGUGCUGCUUCUCCCGUAAUUAAAGUCCCGAGCGGGGUCUCGCCUCGACCAUCCGUUGAACCGACACCAUUCCGCGAGAUUUUAAAUUUGGGGAGCUGCGAAGAACGCGUCCGGAAGUUUGAUGAAACGCGCGAACAGUUCUAUGUCAUGGAAUCGGGUCUCUUAGACUGGUUGGUCCAUUUACAAGCCCAAUCCGAGCAUACUGACAUGAUGGCAACAAACAAUCAGCAGCCGCUGCUAUCUAAGACUGGUACACAACAAGCAGCGUCUACUGGAGUAGCUGGCGCGCCCCACAAGGGCGGUCCAACAGCAUCGCACACUCGACGAAUGUCGAUAGGAGGCAUGCAACAACUCAUGGCUGGACAGGCUGGCGGCUUUGGAGGGUCAGGCAACCAGGUGGGGACGAAGAGCAAGGAACUCCUGCAUGCUGCGGGCGCCUUUGGUAAUAAGGGCAUGAAGUCGGGUAUGAAGCUCUUUAACAAGGGAAAAAACAAACUCCGCGAGCGGGCUGCCGGCGAUAAGGCUUUUUUCUAGGUAUGUUUUCCAUUGGCUGCCCGCAGCGCCGGUAGCUGAAACAGGGUUUGAGGCGAUGUGUGUGUAUUAAUGGCAACGACGAGUGGCAGUGAGGUGGCGGCAUUGUAAGUAGCAACAGUGUUAGCACAUACCCCUGAACGAGAUGACGAAUGGAUGGCAGUACGAGGACCUGCCGUAUUACCGUACUACGUACUGAUGUCCGCUCCUUUACCUUGUCAUCAACA